AUGGAGGCUUCAGAUGAAGAGCUUUUUGAAGAUGCAAGAGAUUUCUUUGACAAAGAGCCACAGCUAAAUUUUCAGUCUGCAGAAUCGCACUUAGAAAAGGAGACAGACACUUUGCAAGAUGUUUCUUCACCAUAUGACAUGUUAGUGCAAUCAAUUGGGACCAAUUGUGCAAGACUUGAGUGGAAAUGUCUAGACAGCACAUCAACGUUUGAGCUGAGGUGCUCCAGCAGUACAUCUUUAAGCAUCCAGACCCUUCCACAGAAUUAUGCAGAAGUGUCAGACCUGUGCCCAGGCACUGAGUACACAUUUACCGUGGUUGCAAUCUCAGAGAAUGGAAACCAGAGUUCAAGCGCCAAAGUGUCUGCAUAUACAAAUCCAAAUCCACCGGAAGGCAUCAAGGUUAAGAAUCGUAGUAGUACAUCAGUUACUGUAACUUGGAAUCAACCUGCCUACUCAGAGAAGAAGUAUUAUUUGAUUUGUUCCCACAAGGGUAAAACUGUUCAUGAAGAAGAAACAGAAAGUAACACACUUGUUAUCAAUAACCUGAAUCCAGGAAAAAAAUACUCCUUGCAUAUUGCAACAGUACUUAAAAAUGGCUGCAGAAGCAAGGAAGCGUUGUCAUUUGUCAGCACUCAAACAAAUCUGGAGAGCUUUCUUCAGGAUGUGGGGCUGAUGCAAUACGUCACUAAUAAACUUUCAAUGAGUACUGUACUAGAGAUAGACAAGAGGACAGUGACAGAUGAUCCAGCAUUGUCUCUAUCAGAUUUACCAUGGCUUUUUCUUAAGAAAAUUAUGAUGGUUAAUGUGACUGCAAGAAGUGUGAAAUGUGCUUCAUCAACUGAUGAGGAAGGAGACAUAAGAUUGGGUUUGUAUAGUGGUCUGGAGAGUCUUGUCCUUAACCAGGACUCUAGUCAAAAACUAAAUCCUUUAGACAUCAUAACUGGACUCUUCCUUUGCGCAGACAGUUUUCUUCAACAAGAGAUUGCAUUGAAAAUGUCUAUGUGCCAAUUCUCUGUGCCUUUACUGCUUCCUAAUUGUGACACACAGCAGAGCAUGCUGAUGCUCUGGGCCUUAAGAGACAUUGUGAAGAAGUUUAGACCACAUUCCUUGAGUAAUCAAAGAGGGUUUGUGGAAAACAGGAUUGUUCUAGCUGACUUGCCCUUAGUGUCCUUUGUAAGACUUGGAGACUGCAGCAUGUCAAAAUCUCAAAUCUUGAACAAGUUGCUCAGUAAUCCACAGCAAUAUCAUGACACAUUUGUCCACCAUAAUAUGGACUGUGGAGACAUUCCAAGAAAAAUAUCAAAUGGUUUGGUGGAGAUCAGCUGGUACCUACCUUGUGGAAGUAAAAACAUUGACAUCUUCCCAGAACCUGUGGCUUUUGCAAACUUGAGAGGUGACAUAGGUACAUUUGAGGCUCAGUACUCAUUUCUUUGUCAGAUUUCUACAGCAGUUUUUGUAUUCUUUGAUAAUUUUGACUUAAACUAUAACCUACUGACCAAUACACAUGUGAAAGCACAAUUGUUUUUGGUAGGGAAUGUAGAUACCAAAAGCUUCAAUCUGGAUUUGUUACAAAGAACAGCUAUUGCAUUAAAUUUGAAAAAAAGCAGCAUCAUUUUGAAGACAAAACAAAAUGAUGCAGAUUUUGUCAAGAGUCUGUCUUUUGCAGUUUGUGAUAUUGUUAAAAACAGUUCCAUCACAGUACAACUGGAAAAGAUGACUACAGUUGCGCAUGAAUUAGGGAUUUUGAUUGAUGAAGACAGUAAGGAGUGCCAAAAUGCAAAGGAAAAUGCAAAUGCAAUCAUCAGCAAUAUAGAGGACACACUAAAGUUUAAAGAAGAACAGCUCCCUUUGCAAGGUGAGAUCUGGAAGAAACUGGGAAAAUUAGACAAAGAAAUGUGUAGGCUUCGUAAAGCUGGGAAUAAGAACAUUGAAAUUUAUAAAAGUGAACUGAAGGAGCAGAAGACAGAACUCAGAAAGCAGCAAAACUGCUAUGAAAUGUCAGAAGCCAUGUCUUGCUUCAUAACUGCAUUGUCAAGUUCAAGUCUUGAGAGAUCCUACUUCCUAAAAUGGAUGCGCAUGAAUCUGGACAAUCUGUCUCGUGAAAAACUAUCUGGCCUUCGAGAACUGUAUAAAAAGAAAUGUCAAGAAUCAUCUGAUAAGAAGGAGGAGAUUGCAUUACUUGACAGGCAGAUUUCACACAGUUCUUUAGGAACUGAACACUUUUUGAGGGAAAUGGGUCAACUGUAUGAAGCCGCUGUCACCCUUCCAGAAAAUAUACAAUCACGACAACAAAUGCAACACUUACCCAAACUGUGUGCUAAGCUUCUUUUAGAUGGAUUUCCUCUUGAGCUAGUUGAUGGAGAUGCUUCAAAUAUACCUCUAAGGUGGAUUAGUGAUGUACUAAGAGAGUUGAAUACUUUAGUGCAACCCAAGAAUAAGAUCAUGGUCGUCACAGUAUUAGGAGUCCAGAGCACAGGAAAGUCGACCCUGUUAAACACCAUGUUUGGAGUUCAGUUUGCAGUCAGCAGUGGAAGAUGCACAAGAGGAGCUUUUAUAUUGCUAAUCAAAAUCACAGAAAGCUUUGGAAAAGAACUUAACUGUGAUUAUUUAGUGAUCAUUGACACAGAGGGACUGAAAUCUCCUGAGCUGGCACAGCUCGACGACAGCUAUGAACAUGACAACGAAUUGGCCACCCUUGUUGUUGGACUGAGUGACAUUACUAUUGUCAACAUUGCCAUGGAGAACUCCACAGAAAUGAAGGACAUUCUGCAGAUUGUGGUACAUGCAUUCCUCAGGAUGAAGGAAGUGGGCAAAAAACCCAUGUGUGCGUUUGUGCAUCAGAAUGUAGCUGAUGUCUCAGCACAUGACAAAAACAUGAGAGACAGAAAGCUUCUAUUAGAGCAGCUGAAUGAGAUGACUGAGGCAGCAGCCAAGAUGGAAAACAAGGAAAUGUACAAGAAGUUUACUGAUGUAAUGGAGUAUGAUCCAGAGACUGGUAACUGGUAUAUACCUGGGCUCUGGCAUGGUAACCCACCAAUGGCACCAGUGAAUGCUGGCUACUCUGAGGCUGUCUAUGACUUUAAAAAGAGCAUGAUGGACAUUCUUGCCAAAAAGAAAAUAUCUACAAACAAAAUUGAAGAAUUUUUGGAGUGGACAAAAAGCUUGUGGAAUGCAGUAAAAUAUGAAAAUUUCAUAUUUAGUUUUAGGAACAGCUUGGUAGCUGAUGCAUACAUGAAGCUGUGCACUGAAUUUCAUAAAUGGGAAUGGUCUUUCAAAAAGCAUAUGUACACAUGGUUAACAUCUGCUGAGACCAGAGUGGCCAAUUUUGAAAUUAUGAAAUUAAAAUCUGACAAGACAAACCUGCAGGAUUUACUGAGGUCCCUGAAACACAAGGCCUCCUUAGAGCUGGACAAACAGGAAAAAGUAAUUUUGGAAAACCUUGUUGAAUACUUUGAACAAACAGAGGGUCAUGUCUAUCUUGUGGAAAAGUACAAAGAAGACUUUUUAAACAGUGCAAAAUCUCUUAGACGGGAAACAGAAAACUCAGUGGUGAGUAAACUUGAGGCAGUUGUUGAAAUUAGGGCAGGGAAGAAUAAUUUGGACAACAUCAAGAAAACGCAUACUGACAAAAUGGAAAAGAAAGUGCUCAACCUUCUGAAGGAGCUCAGAAAAAACAGACAUUCCAAAACUAGGUCUGAAAGGCAGCUUGACAAAUAUUUUGAAAACAUAUGGCAGGAAACACUUGACGAGCUGUCAUUUAAAGGCUUGAGAAAACAAACGAUAUCUGACAGUGUUUUUAAACAAUUACGAGAGAACAUGAAACAAAAGGGAGGCUCUGUCUGUGAAAAGUUAAAUAGUGCAAGUUUAGAUGAAUAUGGCAAAGAAAAGUUCAUUGUUACACCUGAAACAUUACUAAAGAAAAUGGUAAAUCAUUUCUAUAAAUUUGAUCAAACUAAGAGACUGCAAGAGCUAGCAGAUAGUGUUACUAAUGCAUGUCUACAAUUAGUAAAUGAAAAAAAUCAAAUGAAAUCAGAUUAUUAUGACACUUACAUUCAGGAGCUCCUACAUAUAAUUGAUAAUAAAUUGACCUCAGCCAAGAGUUUAGGAUUUUCUGAAGACUUUGAACUCUCUCUUAAGCUUUACAUUUGUGCUAUUUCUGCAAGAGAAUUCCAGGCCAUGCAUGACCGUUUUAAUGAAGAGAAUGACCCUUUGCGGAGCCUUGAGCAAUUUAAAGAGAAGUACCGUAUUGACUUUAAAGAUCUGUUCAAUAAUCGUGAUCAGUGUCAGAGAAAGGCUGAAGAAUUCACAAUACUCUGUCUGAGCCCUGCAGUUGAGAGUUUUAUUUGUAACUCACUUGGUCUAGACAUUAUUGACACAAUGCUGCAAGGGGACAAUGCAUUUCAGUUUAGCACUCGAGCUUUUUUCCAGUACUCACUUUUAACGCAACUUCUGAAAGAGGGUGAUUUUCAGAACUAUGUGGCUUACAUACAAUCAUAUGAAUGGUUUGUCAAAGACUGGAUACUAAAAAAAAUUACAGACAGAUUUUCCAAAGGAAACAAACUGUUUGAGCUGGAACAGCAACAUCUUAAAGGAGCUAUUAUGGAGAUAAAAGAGGCCAUAACAAAAGCACAAAAUAUGAAAGAUGAAAAUGAAAACAUAAAGAAAUUCAUCCAAACUAUCUGCAGAAAGCUUGGAGAAAAAUUUGUAAUUCCAAAGGAUGUUUUGGAAGCAGUAAUGGUUUUGAAUAAUGCAAAACAGGACCAAUUUGCUCAUUGGCUCAUGCAGUCUGUGGAGGAAAUGGAAGAUUCACUGACGACUAAGUUUAAGAAGGAUAACAUUCAGAUUAAACUUGAAAUACUCAAAAUCAAACCACAGGAUGAGCUGUUCAAGCGUGUGUUUGGUUGUGGGAAACAGUGUCCAUUCUGCAAAGCACCAUGUGAGGCAGGAGGAGAAGCUCAUACACAUCAUUCUGCUUCUAUACACAGACCUCAAGGACUUGGUUCAUACAUGUUUGUGCACUCAGAGAAACUGGCCAUAAACAUUUGUUCCACUGAUGUGAACACCGACACUCAGUUCAGAUGCCUGGAGACCCAACAUAAGAACCAUCCUUACAAGAAAUACAGAGAGAUCUUCCCAGAUUGGCAAAUUCCUGCAGACCCCAGCAUAGAGGCCUCAGACUACUGGAAAUAUGUGAUGGCAAACUUUAAUGACAAGUUUGCACAGGCAUAUGAUGCCAAUCCUGCAGAUAUUCCUCCAGUGUGGAAAAACAUCACAAAACAACAAGCAGAAAACAGUCUGAAGGAGUGUUUUAGUAUCAAAUAA